GGCCUUCAAGCGCUCCUCGCUGCUGCAGAUCCACCAGAGCGUGCACACGGGGCUGCGCGCCUUCAAGUGCGCGCUCUGCGGCAUGGCCUUCAAGUGGUCCUCGCACUACCAGUACCACCUGCGGCAGCAUACGGGCGAGCGGCCCUACAAGUGCACCGCCUGCCCCAAGGCCUUCAAGAACUCCUCCAGCCUCCGCCGGCACCGCCACAUCCACACGGGCGAGCGGCCCUACGUCUGCGCCGCCUGCGGCAAGGCCUUCACCCAGUCCACCAACCUGCGCCAGCACCAGCGCACCCACACGGGCGAGCGGCCCUACGCCUGCGCCCACUGCGGCAAGACCUUCACCCACUCCUCCAACCUCCUCCUCCACCAGCGCACCCACGCCGCCGCCAGGCCCCACAAGUGCCCGGCCUGCCCCAAGGCCUUCGUCUCGGACGCCUGCCUGCAGAAGCACCUGCAGAGCCACGCCGCGCCCCCCCCGCCGCAGCCCCCGCCGCUGCUGCUGGAGGCGGUGGAGGCAGUGGGGAUGCUCUGGAAGUGCGGCGAGUGCCAGCUCGCUUUCCCCAGCCAGGAGCUGCUGCUGGGCCACCAGCGCGGCCACCUCCGGCCGGGGACGCCGGGGGACGCGGCGGCGGCCCACCGCUGCGCCACCUGCGGCAAGACCUUCAAGAACGGCUCGGGGCUGGCGCGGCACCGGCACAGCCACGCCGCCGAGCGGCCCUACAAGUGCUCGCUGUGCCACAAGAGCUUCGGGCAGCUGGCCGGGCUGCUGGGCCACCAGCGCGGCCACUCGGCCGAGCAGCGCCCGCCACCGGCGCAGCCGGAGGCGCCGCGGCCCCCCCCGGCGCUGGCGGUGGCCCCGGCCCCGGCCGAGCGCCCCUACCAGUGCACCGAGUGCGGCAAAGCCUUCAAGGGCUCCUCGGGGCUGCGCUACCACAUGCGGGACCACACGGGCGAGCGGCCCUACAAGUGCUCCGAGUGCCCCAAGGCCUUCAAGCGCUCCUCGCUGCUCGCCAUCCACCAGCGGGUGCACACGGGGCUGCGCGCCUUCAAGUGCGCCGAGUGCGGCCUCACCUUCAAGUGGUCCUCGCACUACCAGUACCACCUGCGGCUGCACACGGGCGAGCGGCCCUAUGCCUGCCCCGACUGCCCCAAGGCCUUCAAGAACACCUCGUGCCUCCGCCGGCACCGGCAGCUGCACACGGGUGAGCGGCCCCACGCCUGCCCGGUGUGCGGCAAGGCCUUCGCGCAGACCUCCAACCUGCGCCAGCACCAGCGCACCCACACGGGCGAGCGGCCCUACGCCUGCGCCCACUGCGGCAAGACCUUCACCCACUCCUCCAACCUCCAGCUCCACCAGCGCACCCACUCCAGCGCCCGCCCCCACCAGUGCCCGCUCUGCCCCAAGGCCUUCGUCAUGGCCUCCUACCUCCAGCGCCACCUCCGCACCCACGCCGCGGGCCCCAAGCCCCCUCCCCGCGCCGCCCCCCGCGACGUCCCCGUCCUGCAGGCCACCCUCAGCCUGGAGGUGGCGGCCCCCGACGCCCAGACCUUCCUGCUGGUGCAGACGGCGCAGGGCCUGCAGCUCAUCCCCAGCCCCCCGCCGCCCCCACAGAAGCUCAUCCUGCUCCCCGCUGCCCCCCGGCCUCCCCCCGAGCCCACCCCGCGCCGGGGGGAGCCUCCGGGCCCUGGGCAGAGCCUCCUGCUGGUGCCCGGCACGGGGACGGCCCUGCCUGGGCUGCGGCUGCAGGCGGUGGCCAGCACCCCGCAGGGCCCGGGGCCCGGCGUCCUCGUCCUGCAGGGCCUCCCUGAGCAGCCCCCGCGCCAGGCGGGUGCCCCCCAGGGCCAGGCAGCGGCAGAGGGGGCGAGCGUCCGGCUGGGAGCCCUGCCGCAGCCCUCGGAGGUCGCCGGCGUCCAGGUGCGGGCCGCCGAGGUGGCCAACGUCCAGCUGCAGGCCGCCGAGGUGGCCAACGUUCACCUCCGAGCCCUGCCCCAGCCCUCGGAGGUGGCCAGCAUCCAGCUGCAGGCCGCCGAGGUGGCAGACGUCCAGCUGCAGGCCCUGCCGCAGCCCCCAGAUGUCACCAGCAUCGAGCUGCAGGCCGCCGAGGUGACCAACGUCCACCUCCAAGCCCUGCCGCAACCCCAGGGGGUCACCAACAUCCAGCUGCAAGCCAGCGAGGUGACCAACGUCCGGCUCCAAGCCCUGCCGCCACCCCCAGAGGUGACCAACAUCCAGCUCCAGGCCCUGCCGCAGCCCCCAGAUGUCACCGACAUCGAGCUGCAGGCCACCGAGGUGACCAACGUCCAGCUCCAAGCCCUGCCACAGCCCACGGAGGUGACCAGCAUACAGCUCCAGGCCGCGGAGGUGACCGACGUCCAGCUCCAGGCCACCCAAGUGACCGACGUCCAGCUCCAAGCCCUGCCGCAGCCCACGGAGGUGCCCGGCGUCCAUCUCCAGGCCACGGAGGUGCCCAACAUCCAGCUGCAGACCUCAGACGUGACCAGUGUCCAUCUGGAGACCGCCGAGGUGCCCAGCAUCCACCUCCAAACCACCGAGGUGCCCAACCUCCAUCUCCAAGCCACCGAGGUGCCCAGUGUCCAUCUCCAGACCACCGAGGUGCCCAACAUCCAUCUCCAGACCACCGAGGUGCCCAACCUCCAUCUCCAAGCCACCGAGGUGCCCGGUGUCCAUCUCCAAGCCACCCAAGUCCCGAGUGUUCAGCUCCAGACCCUGCCGCAGCCCCCGGAGGUGCCCAACGUCCAUCUUCAGCCCGCGGAGGUGCCCGACAUCCAGCUCCAAGCCGUGGAGGUGCCCGACCUCCACCUCCAGCCCACCGAGGUGCCCGCUGUCCACCUGCAGGCCGUCGAGGUGCCCCCGGGCCACCUGCAGCCCCCGGCGGGGGCUCACCCAGCCCCGCAGCCCCCUGGGGCGCCUCUGGCGGGGGGUCCUCCGGCGCCGGAGGUGCUGCUGGUGCAGGGGGGGGGCAGCGCCGGCCGUGGGGCUGGGGGUGCUGCAGACGGCCGAGGGGCUGCGGAGCAUCUUGGUGCUGCGGGGGGUGGAACCCCAGCCCGGACCCCCUGCGGGACCCCCGAAAGUCCUGGUCCUGAGUGGGGAGCCCCGGCGGGGGGGGGCAGCGGGCAGCCAGGGGGGGGCACAGGCCGUGGUGCAGCUGCUGCCCGGCCCCCCGGCCCCCCAGCUGCCGGCGGUGCAGGGGGUGCAGGGGCUGCCGGGGGCGCAGCUGGUGCACACCUUCUGAGGGGGGCAAGCGGCACGGACCCCACGCGGCCACCUGCGGCCAUCCUGCUGCCCCCGGGGUGGCCACGAGGCACCAACCCCCCGUCCCAGGGCCACCGCAGCCCCCACCCCGCGGCCACCUCACGGCCACCCCACUGCGUCCCGUGGGCACCCAAGGGCCCCUGCUGGCCACCCACAGCCACCCAGUGGCCUCUCCUGGCAACCCAAGGACCCCAGUAGCCACCCACAGCCACCCAAGGGCCCCAGUGGCCACCCAGGGACCCCAGUAGCCACCCACAGCCACCCAGUGCC